AUGCAGGCACACACGUGCAAACGUCACGGGUCCCGCAGAGUGGGCCCAGGCGCAAAACGCCCACGGUGUGAGCAUGGGGGCCUCCAAACUGAGGCGAACGAACAACUGGCGGCAGCGUCAUUCGAGCAUUGCAGCAUAGAGGGCGACGGGGCGUUGCUCACUGGCUCCUCUGUGAGGGACAGUUCUGGCACCAGAGCCUACUCAUCAUCAGCGUCAUCGUCAUCGCGGUCCAUGUCGCCUGUUUUCCCCACCGCUCUGCCGCGUGGCACCCGUAUAAGGCAACUCAUUGGGAGAGGCAACAACGCCACCGUGUAUGUUGCGGAGAGAGUUACUGACGAGGAUUUUUCCCAUGGCGAGGAGAAUGAGGCGGCCGCUCGCGCAGAGCAACUACAACCACCACCAACACCACCACCGCAAAAACAACAGCAACAACUGCAGACGCAGUUACAGCUGAACGUGCAGGAUGGAGCACCAGCCGAGUCCCGAGAGCGAAAGGAUGCUGGAUGCGACGAGGCUGAUGCGGGAAGUGCGGCGACUAAUCAAGGCAAAUUGAUUGCCGUGAAAUGCAUGCCUUCAUCGUCGCGGCACCUGCAGCGUGAGAAGGAGUGUUUGGAGCACUUGAACAAGUGCUACGACCAGUUGGAGGAAGAGGCGCGAAGCAACACCAGAGAAUCCUUGGUGAAUGGUGAAGGGUGCUUUGGACAACUAUUAAAGCCUACUUGUAUUUUUCCGCGUCCUUUCCCAAGACUUCUUUUUGCUAGGCAAGUGGGACAAGAUGCCGCACUUGGGUUGGAACGCCUUGGCGCGGACUUGUUCGCCUUCACGGAGAGACAUGUGCUGCGUGAGGAGGAGUUGUGUGUUGUGGGGAUGGAGCUCAUACGAACGCUAGCCGUCGUCCACGAGUUGGGCACAGUUCACCGCAGUGUCAAACCGGAGAACUUCUGCUGGAAUCCAGAGGUGCUUGGCGGGACUUGGGACCGUACUACGCCUCAUCAGCACCAUGACGGUGAAAGACGCCCUGUCGAAGGUACGUCUGGCUACAUGUUCAAGAUCAUUGAUUUUGGACGUGGAACUGUCAUCACCGGGGACUCACCGUCAACGCCGUCCUCGUCGUACGAGGAGCCCUACAGCGGUUGGUGGCACAGUCUACGCGGGUUUUUAGGGAAACCGCUGGGGCAGAAGGAUGACCUGAUGGGGGUGGUGCACACGAUCGGCUAUCUUCUGGAUGACUACAUCCGGGAUCAGUGUGCGUCGAGUCUGUCAUCGUCACGGUCGUCUUCGCACAGUCGGGCAUGCGACUCGUCUUGCAGCAGCAAGUCGACAGCCUCCUGCUCCUUUUCCUCCUUCUCCUCUUCCAUGGAGAAGGGGCCGGCGGGGGGCUGCCAGACGGCAGCGGACUCCCGCACAAAAGAAGUGAUCGAUGCGCAGUGCUUCGAGGGAGGGAUGAGCGAUGCCACGCCGAAAAGGGCGUCAUCGCCGAGUGAGCAAAAAACGUCUACGCGAAAGUGCCGGUCGUAUUCGUCAUGCCGGCAUAAAUUCGCGGACAAGAUUUCAGACAUCUACGAAGUCGUCGAACGACAGUAUCGGCGGGAGGUGGAUACGGGCCGCGGCCGGCAAAGAGUUGGAGCGCACAAGAAACACCACAGCGGCUGCUCUCACGAUGCCGUGGAGCGGCGCAAUACGCGGCGUGCGUGGAUUGUGCGGCGCAUUGAAGAGGAGUUCCUGCCGACGCUGCUGCCCGACCGCUACUUCCCUCCCACAAUGCCGCAAUGGUGGGUGGAGUGGUUCGCUGCAUGCAACGCGUGGUGCGAGGACGACUCGGUGUCAACUGCAGAAAUGACAGAAAGGAUGAUGCACACACUUCGACAGCAACUGCUGGUGUGCGGUGGGGCGGUGCCCAGCAUGCGGCAAAGCCUGGAAGAGUUGUACCUGCUAUACGUAAAGGAAGAACAAAACGAAGCGGAAAAGGAAGUUAGUGAACCUGCUACUAUCACACUGACAGAGGAAGAAAGGGACAAUGACGCCCGGUAA